CAAAUCCGAGCCAUCUGACGCGGGGAUUUGUAGGUUUAGGACCCCCUCCUCUGUGAGAUGCAAUACAGUGGCUUCCACGUAUAGUUUCUCACUGUGGUCGCGGCGCGAGGCAAUGCGGGGAGCGCGCGUCCUGUGCGCAACGAGCGUUCGGAACGGCACGCCGUUGUGAGACUUUCGGAGGGGGCCGGGGUCCGGUGGGCGCCAUCAUGCACACGGAUGUCUUGCUACUCAGCCUGCUGCUCUGGACGGUCGGUGUGUCCGGGCUGACGCGCCAGCAGAGGGGACGAACCCUGCAGCCGCACAGACGCCUCAGAUCGAAAAGAGAAAUGCCUCUAACGGAAGGAUCCGGUCGCAAGAUUGGCAGCCACAUGCUCAAGAGGAGUCCAGAUAUGACUAAAGCCUGGGGUACAAAGUCGGAGCAGCUGCUGCGGAUAGAUGACCAUGACUUUACCAUGCGGCCGGGGUUCGGAGGGCCUGCUGUCCCCGUAGGAGUGGAUGUGCAGGUUGAAAGUCUGGAUGCAAUUUCAGAGGUUGACAUGGACUUCACCAUGACCCUGUAUCUGAGGCACUACUGGAAAGACGAACGCCUGUCCUUCAGAAGCAACAACAACCAGAGCAUGACUUUCGAUGGCCGACUGGUGAAGAAAAUCUGGGUGCCUGACAUGUUCUUUGUCCACUCCAAGAGGUCCUUCACACAUGACACCACCACUGACAAUGUGAUGCUGCGAGUGUACCCCGAUGGCAAAGUCCUGUACAGCCUCAGAGUGACGGUCACAGCCAUGUGCAGCAUGGACCUGAGUCGCUUUCCUCUCGAUACACAAACGUGCUCUUUGGAGAUAGAGAGCUAUGCGUAUACGGAUGAUGACCUGAUGCUGUACUGGAAAGAAGGGAACCGCUCAUUAAACACAGAUGAGAGAAUUUCUCUCUCCCAGUUCCUCAUCCAGGAGUUCCACACCACCGCCAGGCUGGCCUUCUACAGCAGCACGGGCUGGUACAACCGUCUGUACAUCAACUUCACUCUGCGGCGUCACGUCUUCUUUUUCCUGCUGCAGACCUACUUCCCUGCCACCCUGAUGGUCAUGCUGUCCUGGGUGUCCUUCUGGAUCGACCGCAGGGCCGUCCCCGCCAGAGUGCCACUGGGCAUAACCACGGUGCUCACCAUGUCCACCAUCAUCACCGGAGUGAACGCCUCCAUGCCCAGGGUCUCCUACAUCAAAGCUGUGGACAUUUACCUCUGGGUCAGCUUUGUCUUCGUCUUCCUGUCUGUGAUAGAGUACGCUGCAGUCAACUACCUGUCGACGCUAGAAGAACGUAAGGAGAGGCAACUCAGAGAAGGGCUGCUGUGCACCUGUGGCGUGACCCACCCGGGCAUGAUGUCAGUCUGCUACAGUGAGAUGGAUGUCAACACCACGGGCAACUAUGGGAUGCCAGAGGAGAACGGGGUGAAACGGGAGAGGAUGCUGGUGCAGCUGGCGAUGGAGACCGACCAGGUCACCGGCCACGUCAGCUCCGGUGCCUACAGCAGCGUGUGGGUCCACACUCAUGCUAUAGACAAGUACUCCCGGGUCAUUUUUCCUGGUUCGUACAUCCUCUUCAACACUAUCUACUGGUCCAUCUACUCCUAACACCGAUGGAACUCAGACAGACCUUGCUCUACCGCCGUGGAAACAUGUGCACUGUACUUGCACAUUCAGGCGUUUUGUCUCUUCGGAUGUUAACGAAGAAAAACCGAGCGCUUCAUUCUAAAGAAAAUGACCCGAAUAACCCCAAGGCGAACCUGGAACAGUCCAACGGGAUCCAGUCAGGCUGAAUCUUUAGUCGGCCAAUCAAAAGAUCCCAUGGUGUGUUGAAUGUUGGUCGGGGGAGCGGCCACGCUUGGGGAUUUUGAAUUGGGAAGGUAGAUACCUGACAUUUGUUUCUUAGGGGUUUUCUCAUCUAGUUUCAGACUUUGUUAAAACUCUUCUUCAAGGGCUUGAAACAAAAGGCAGUGCAUCAGUAAUACAAGGUUCAGUUUAGUUAACCUUUAGCCGAGUACAUAACAGACACAUGUCCGUUUUACAACUGCGUUAACUCAUAAUGUGUUUGCACUUUGCAGCAGUUUAAAAAAAAACCCUCUGGAAUACAACAGACAGACCCCAAACAGCCAGUUGUGAGAGAACUGUGGUGGCAACAGGGCUGGCCCAAGGCAUUAGAGAAGCAGGGGGCCCAUGCCCAAUCUUACUGUAGGCACGAUACAACCAUAGUCAGCCAGACAGUUGAUGGAAAAGGCAGUAGCCCAUAAAGUUAAAGAAAAGGGCAACGUCACCAAAAAAGGACAUGCAUGAGUAAUUUCACUAUUUUACCAUAAACAUUCACCGGCUAGAUAUCCGUCAAACCAGCCUUCGGUUCGGUCAAGGUAUCAUCACUUUACCAUAAGCUCAGAAAAUAUUCUGUAUUUUUACAAUACUAACCUCCAAGAAGAGCCCAAAGUUGACUGGGAACUGCAUUUCAACACAAUUAAGGGUGUCUGGUUCUAGCUUUAGACAUACACAUGGUGCUCAAAGGACCAUGUAGAUCAAAUACCAUCGAGAAUAGGCAGGCAUCAGCAAUUGGCAGAGAAACAGCAGUGCUGAAUGGGGGACCGGUCGGCCGCAGGUCCUCAGGCGAGCCAGCGACGAGCAGGGAGGAUCCAGGGCUGAGGCCCACAUUACAUCAAUUUCAUUCAUGUAUGGAGGAAUGUAACAGCCUGUAUUCAAAAACUUAACUGCUGUAUAGAAACUCAGUCCCUCUGCUCUUUCGUAGGACCUGUCAAUGAAGCGACUGAGCCAUAUUUUAGUGCCUUGUGAAAUACUCUCACAUUAGAGCACUUUAUCAGGUAGCUCACGCCAACGCUGGGUUGUUCGUCCCUCUGCUCUCUGUGUGAAUAUGAAUGAUCGGUUGUCAGUAAGUGUCAUAAAUAUUUACGAAGAGAGGUUUAUUACUUGUCAGUUUAUCGUUAUGAUUUAUCUGUCCCCCUGCAGCAUACAUGUCUACUCUGUAUGUUGCUUGUCCUGUGUUCUCCUCUGAGAAGGAAAAUCACCCCAAGACAUUUUGGUUUUCAAUUUUGGUUUCCGUUUGCAAAAAUAAACAUCUUAACUCCCAUUAUUUUUGAUACCAGUGAAGAUAAGUAGAGCCAUUAUGGGCACUGAAAUGCAACGAACUUUUGAUACACUUUUCCUUUCUUGUGGCUCAGUCAUUGUGUUGGUUAUUGUAUUAAAGUAUCAACGUUAUCAACAAACACUGAAUAAUUACACUUCAAUCCAUUGUUGUUGUUUUUUUAUGCCAAGAAUUAUGGGAAAAAAACAUUGUUCUAUAAUCCUAUUUUUCUUAAAAGGCUUGGUGAGACCACUUUCUGGAUGUGCAGGCGGAAAAAUCCAAUCAUAUGCAAGCGUUCCAAUCAAUAAGUUGAAGAAAAAGUAACGAAAUAGAUAAAUUAUCCUUGAACAGACUGUGGGAUGUCAGCCACAUUAUUCUACUGGCAAUGUGACUACAAACCGUGUCAGUAGAUUCCCGACCUGGAUCUGCUGGGACCCAACAGGUCUGCCAAGGUUUUGACAAAAGUUCAGGAAUGGUGUUUGGAUUCAGAUCGGGUUCGGUCACACCGCUCCCAAAAGGUAAAGAUUGAACUGUAUUUGUGUAAAAAAACCCAAUCUUUCUAGAGUCUAGGCUAUAUAAAACAGUGCCCACUGACAGUCAUGAACAAGGUGCCACAUUAUGAGUUCACAUUAGACAUGGUCUAAUGUGACUGGAAUCAUUUUUCAGGAUGGAGGGCCACAGGAAGAAUUAAACCUCAAACUACUUGACUGUUAAAAGAGCAAUGGCAGCACUCCAUGCUCUCGUCCACUGAGCUGUACAGGACUACACCAAUGGAAUCCCACCAAGAACAUUGCAUUUUGCCCGUAGUUGGUGGUUGGCAUAAAUGAUUGGGAAAUAAAACAUCAUUAUUAUUUCUCAUCGCCUUCUCUCGCAUUAGGAAUAUCCAGCACACACACUGGACUUUCCUACACGAAAAGGAAAGGAGAAAUAGAUGCCCCACAAUUCACUGCGGCAGCAAUAUUUAACGUGACGCGCCAUGCACGAACGUAAACAAUUCAAUCCAAAAUAGAAGAGGAAUAAGAAGAAGUGGAUGAAUAUGACCUAGAAGAGAUGCAAGUCAUCAUUUAAGUUACUAUUGCAUAUGAAGCGAUUUGUUUUCUGUAUUUGUGACGUACCAAAUCUAGCUUACCAGGAUUUCGUAAACUAAUCCUGGUAAUUUAACACAUGAAAUAUCAAGUGUAUGGUAUAUCUUUUUAUAGCAAUAUUUUCAUUCAUGCAAAUGUUAUAAAAAACCUCUGCUGCAGCAGACAGCAUGAUUAUUGAGAUGGGUGAGAUGAGUGGGAGUUGAGUGGGAUGAUGGUGACCAGCACCAGGGCAGCUAAAGCCACGUUUAUCAUUAUCACUGCUUUGGCUUUCUUAUGAAGGAAAAAA